AUGAUGAAGCUCCACCUGAGUCUAUUUGUGGCAGCUGCUUCCUGGCAUUAUGAGUCCUGCCUCGGCUCAGAUUUAGCACAAUCCCAGCCCCAGAUGGGCGACGCCGCAACACUAGCAGCACCUACCGCUGUUCCACCACCUCAUUGGAUGGGUCAGGCACCAGGUGAAUUCCCUGCGGCGCCUGUUGCUGGAGUUCCCUACCCCGCACCUCCUGGGACUUGGGGGUAUCAGCAGACUGCUUUCACUCCGGGUCGAGGGGAUUAUCCUCCUUACCCAGCCCCUCCUGCUCAGUAUCCCGUACCUAUAGGAUUCCACCCUGUGCCUGUGAUAGCCACGCCGGACGCAGCAAGUCAUCGGACUGCUGAGAAUGAGAAUAACACUACAGAGGAGAGCGUUUCUCCCGCGUCGCGAGAACGAUCAGCGAGGAAAAGCAUGCUGCGCGCCGUCCUUUGGGUCUUUGUUCUCAACAUAUGUUUACAUAUCUCACAGGCGCUGGAAGGCACCCCUGACAGAACCAAUAUGCUGCUAAUGUUCCUUUUCACAAUUCCGCACCUGUUGUACCUGGGAUCUGUUGUUAACUUGCUCGUGAAGGUUAUUACUUGGUUCAAGCGUCUCUUCUCUCGGGUUACAGCCGAUGACGGAGAGUCGAGGGAGAAGGUACGCAAGAGGGAGAAAAAGGAGCGGAACAAAAAGCUCUCGAAAUCUAAGGGGCGCAGGACAGAUUAG